UGACCACCAUACUAGUCACCUGCAUCAAGGGGAAACGAAUCAGUAAACCUUAAACAGCCGCGAAAAGAAGAACACUCAAUAAAUAUGUGGAAGAAAUUGAUUAUAGCUGUGGUGCUUGUGGCCUUUAUUGGCGUGCAGUUCGCCAGCUCGCUGACAUGCUACAGCUGCAUUGAUGCCACCUCCUGCAGGAAUCCCACGGUCCAGACCUGCACCAAUGCCACGGCUAAUGCGAGCAGCCUCUGGCUGUCGACGUACCACAACGAUGUGCCCGUAGUGGCUGGCAGCCAGAGCUUCAUGUGUACCAAUCUCACCUAUUACACGGGCCCUCAAAUCCCGCCCACAGCAUCCAUGGGCCCCAACAACAAUGUCACGAGCCAGUUCCUUGGCUGCGCCCAUCCGGAUAUUCGCAUCUGUGCCCGUACCCUGACCGAUCCGGAAGCCAGGGCAACCUGGAACUCGCACUGCGGCGUCUGCUAUACUGACAACUGCAAUUACGAUGGACCCGCGGGCACCUUUAGUAGCAGCGCGUACACCAUAAUUGGCUCCAUCGCUGUGCUGCUCUUGGCCAAGGUUCUUAGAUGAACUUUGAGUUAGUGCUACACCGAAAUAUUAAGAAAUUCACUCAA